CUUUGGCGAUGCAUCAGGAAUCUUCUUGACUUCAGCGAGAAGAGUUCAUACAAAACCACUGCCUAUACCAUCUGGUUGAGAUGGCUGGACCUGGACAGCCAUGGCUACUCGCGCCAAGUGGCUCUGCAAAAGGAUCCUUACUGGAAAUACUUGCUGGGUACCCUGGGUCAAUCAUCUCAGGGAGACACCGAGCAAAGGAAGAUUUGUCUCCAUGUUCUCAAGAAGUCCAUCUCUAUCUCCCGCAACAACAUUCGCGCGAACGACAUGGAGCUGACUCUGGAUCAAGAAGAUAAGCUAGGCUCCAUGGUCACCGAAUCACAGUACGCAAGAUUUUGCACUGUUUACGAAACAAUCGUCAUCGGCAGAUAUCUCAAUCAGGCACUGGAGUGCGUACAGGAUCUGGACCAUCUUGCUUCCGCAGAAACCAUGGUUCAGAAAUCAUGGCUCUUUGCUCUCCUCGAAUCGGCGCUCUCCCCAGUGACUCAAGACAGCAUGCGUAAGACGCUAGGAAACUGGCUUAUGAGCACCGACAUCAGGUUGUUCAGUCACGCUGAAGACUUCGCGACGUUGUUGCAAAAGUCCUUCCUUCCUUGGGCUACUCAAGGUCCGCUAUUCACUGGAAGCGUUCAAGGCAAGACGAGAGACAUGAGAUGUGCUCAUGGAACAAGACUAUCGAACUUCCUGGAAAGACUUCUGCAAGCCCACCUCAGCCGCGACGAUGCCUACUCCAGAAAGUGUAUUGUUAAUGCUGUUUUAACGUAUCUGGACGCCAACAAGAACAAGGUUGUUCCUGUUGCUGUGAUCUAUCUCCUUCAUGGACUCGUGAAGGGUCUACAAGGAGAGGCUACGGCUUGUAUGGAAGGUGAGGCAUUGGAGUUGAUUCUUAGCAUGUCAAGAAUCACUGGCUACCCCGAGGUUGCGCGUGAUGCUAUGCUCGUACAGUGUUACAAGCUCUCACAAUUGAUCAGUCAGGAUGCUGAGACAUACGGCGAGAGCGGAACAGAGAAACUGACAGCGUCUGACGCGAAGCUCGAAGUCCUGUCCAAACAGAUCGAAGCCUUCAAGAUUAGUGCACCCUCACGAUUCGAGUCGGACGAGAAGAGGUCUCUUGACAGCUCGAAGCACACUAGCGUCCAAGGUACUGGCCUGUUGAUGGCAUGCGAAUCACUGGUCUCGAUCUUGGACAAAGCUGGUAACGCCACUCUGGAUGCUCAGAAGCUGGAUCGCGCUUUCGAUGCUGUCUGGAAUGAGGUUGAGAGACAAGAUUAUCCCAGAGAUGUCAUCAUGUUCCUCCCCCGUCUGGCGCUACACCCAGGAUGCGUCAGUCGUUGUCUUGAGGAUGAUACUCUGUGCGCCACUAUCUUGGAGAUAUUCACUCAACUCCAGCGUUUGAUGAAAGGCAGAAUUUACAUGUGGACGCCCAUCAUGAAAGCUUACAGAACAGCUAUGAUCAGCUGUCCUGCUGCUGCAGAGAAGUUUGGCAUGGACGAGUUUAUCAUCCAGACUGCAAAUAACCUUCCUGCUGCUAGACUCGAGUUUAAGCUGGAAGCUGCAGCCGUCCAGCUAUUGACAGAGGACGGAGACAUCCACCGCAGCUACAGCGACUACUAUGGAGAGUACGAAGAGGUUGGCCAUGCCGCCUUCUUCGAUCUUGUCAACCGUCUCCACAACGUUGACUCUUCGAUGGUCGGUGAGAUCUACGAUCGUCUGCUCAAACCAUGGACGAAACAAAGACCACCUGUCCCCAUUGUGACUCGCUGGAAGACCACUACUCAGCUCCAAGUCUUGCUCAUGCUCUCAGAACAGUGUCUCCAACUUAUCUCCGCCAGGGAAGCGGAAGACCAGCUUAGAGUGUUAUUGAGAGUGGUUGCUAUCGAGCCCCUUCCGAGAUACCGCUUCCUGCUCGAGUGGAUCAUUGCUCGCGUUAUCCUCAACCACCCCUCCACUGGCGAGCUGGUACUGGAUGCGCUGUCGUCGAAAGACCACCAUUCCAAUCCCAAGUAUCUCGGUACUCUCGUUAAAAUCGCCUUGAUGAUCGCCUGUCAAGACAACUGCUCUCGAGACUUUGCAGCAAGAGUGGCUUAUCGUCUCGUGGCCCUUGCAUCCAGUGCAAAAAUCAUCAUCCGUCAUGAAGCACAGUGGUCAUUCCCAAUCCUAUGGGAUUAUGCUGACAGCAGAGGAUGGACCGAGAUCCAAUCCAACCCUGCUUGUGCCGCAUUGAACGACUACAUCCGCAGUCUGGAGAGGUUCUCGGAACCACCACCGGCUAGAGAGCUUGAACGUCUUGACCCCUCUGCGGAUAACACACUCACAAACUUGCUUCAAGGCAAGUAUCUCCGCGUCGAGCCGCCGGGUGAAGAGGCUGUCGCAGCUGGAGAUUUCCAGCGUCUAUGGGGAAAAGACACAACGACGAAGUCUUUCUCUGAAGCACUUCCAUUGGGCUUUCAACCCUCUACCUCACCCCAAAGCAGCGCUCUUCCCGCUCAAGCAACACAAGAGCAAUCCAAAGAAUCGGCCCGCACAGAAGCCUUCGCCGCCCUCCAAACAAAAGGAACAGCAUACCUCUCCACCGACCUCUCCUCUGACUCUUCCUCUUCCACCAGCACAACACGUCCCACCUCUCUCAUAGUCGUCGGCUCUCUAGUCGACAACGCAUACAACCUCGGCGGCCUCUCGCGCAUCUCUGAAAUCUUCGGCGCAGAAGCAAUGUACAUCCAAUCACCCCAAUCCGUGCUCGGCAAUAAAGAUUUCAUCUCUGUAGCCGUGGCAUCCCAAAAUCACCUUCCCAUCCACGAUUUGCACUCUGACAACCUCUCUGCCUUUCUGACUGGAAAGAAAACGGAAGGCUAUACAGUAGUGGGUGUGGAGCAAACUGAUCGCAGUGUGCUUUUGGGAUCUGAAGCGUGCAAAUUGCCCGAAAAGACACUGUUGGUUAUGGGAAGAGAGAAGGAAGGUGUGCCUGCUCAUGUGUUGGGCGAAUGCGAUUUGUUGGUUGAGAUUCCGCAGAGGGGAGUCACUAGAAGUAUGAACGUGCAGACGGCGUGUGGAGUGGUGCUUUUUGAAUACGCUAGACAGCAUCAAGGAUAG